AUGCUGACCACGGCCGAGACUGCCGUCACCUCUCGUGAUCUGGCCGCCUGCAGAGCUGCCUCUCGGGCGGCGGUGUCAGUUCCCACACCGCACCAGACCAACGACCGACGAAAACCAGAGCUGCCCGCGGCCUCCGCGGCCCUCGGAAGCCGCUCCCCGGUCACAGCCGACUCAUCCGAUCGACUACCCUUCACUGGAACCUCCUCCCCGGAGCAGAGACUGCCUGGGCGCUUCCUGACCCUGCGCGGCUCCAGCAGCAAAGACACCAAGAAGAAGCUCGACUCGCUCUCCGGUCAUCUGGACAACCAGACCCUGGCGCUGGACGAACUGCUGGAGGCGGUGAUGAGCGCCAAGGACAUGUUGAUUGCCGGACAGAUGGAGAUUCUGGAGGCGGUGUCCGGAGGGGGUGGCACCUGCGACCUCACCGAGCUGGAAGAAGGCCAGGCGCACAUCAAAUCGUCGCUGGGAGAGCUGGGAACGGAAGCGGAGAAGUUGGACGAUAUUCUGAAGGCGGUGGAAUCGGCUGAGGCUGCUAUACUGGAUGGUCAGGAUGAGAUUACUAAGGAUAUUGCUGACCUGAACAGCAACCUGGAGAAUGCAAAAACAGAGAUUCUUGAUGGACAAAUGGACAUCUCUGAUGGGAUUGACACUCUGUCCGACGAACUAGCCACAACCAAAUCUAUGAUUUUGGACGGUCAAGGAAUGAUAUCGAGUAGCAUUGACACACUGUCAUCCGACCUGUCAACUACAAAAUCGAUGAUUCUGGACGCAAUCGGUGAUCUUGAUGACGACAUAGCCGACGUCUCGAGUCAAAUCGAUGUCGCCAAGACUAUGAUUUUGAACGGACAGACCGCGCUGGGGUCGGAUAUUUCUGAUUUGUCAACGCAACUGACUAACGUGGAAACGUCGAUCCUAGCCGAGCUUUCUGACGUUGACACGAAGCUGGACGAACUGCAGACCGGUCAGGAAGAGAUUUGCGACAAAAUCGAGGCGCUCGAUGCCAAGCUCGACACAAUUAUCAGCAAACUGAUGGGCUCCUGCGCCGAUGGCUCUAUGCCUGUAAACGGUCAGUGUUUCGCACUCUCCGAAGGCUCGUCGAACUUCGAGGACGCCCAGGGCAUUUGCGAGGAGCAGGGAGGCACCCUGGCCACCAUGACCGCCGACAACGCGGCGGCUCUGUACGCCCUGGCUGACAUGGCGUCCAACGACAAAGUAUGGAUCGGUCUGACUGCCGAGAGCGGGACCGCCUGGGAGUGGGAGGACGGCACGGACUACCCCAGCGGCUACAUGGACUGGGACGGGGGCACCGAGCCCAGUCCAGCCUCGAUGCGCUGUGGAGAGGCAGAGGCUACCUCCAGCUCUGACGGAUUCUGGAACGAUAUCACUUGCAACGCCCAGCGGCAGUUUAUAUGCUCUAGCGCCCCGGCAUAA